AUGUUUUCGCUAUCUUCAACCAUCCCCCUUCUCCUCGCGAGUCCCAUCCUCGUUCAAGGACAAACAGAACACCCCUACGUGCCCUGCGGCGGCGACACACAAUCCUGCAUGAUCCAAGUUCUCCUCGGACAAAACAGCCUUGUCCCAGGCCGGCUAGCAGACUGCUCAAGUUACCAGAAUGUCGUCGUGACGCCUGCUACAAAGUUAGUCUAUCAUCUCAUACCUUUUCAACAUAAAUCCCUAAAAAAUGAAUCCAGAACGGUCACCGCAAUCCUGGGAGUGAAAACCAUCACCGUAACCAUGAGCGGUACUCCACCGGCACACUCCACAGCCAGACCCACACCCAGAGCUUUGAUAACCGCAGCGGCAACUGCAAAUCCUACACUGGCCAUAGCCCAGCUGGCAAUGACUUCACUUCCGUCGAUUUUACCGGGCUAUCUGGGUCAGGGAUGCAAUGUGGCUGAGAUUUAUGCUUCUGCUUGUGCUUGUCUUGGUGUUCCGCGGAAUACACUGGUCGCGCCGGUUGCUACUGUUACUACUUCCCUUAGCAUGACGACUACGUCUACUUUGUUCCUGGCCGUUCGUAAUGUUGUGACAUCGCCGACUCACACUGUUGCGGCAUUUUCUGGAAAUGAGCCGGCACCUGGUCCUGUCGGUGGAGCUUGGACUUCGAAAGUUGGCCCUGGGGAGGAGGCUGUUCUUUAUAGUGCUAUCAGGCAUAUGUGA